AGAAAAAAAUACGUCAGACAUGGCUGUAUGGGCAUAGUUCCCUUUGCCUUACCCUUCGGGGAAAACCAAAACAAAAAAAAAAACUAACCUGUUCCUGUCAUGUCAUGUCAUUCGUUUCUUUUCCACUUCCAAUUUAUAUUGUAAUAGUUUGGUUAUUUGUUUUAUUAAAAGCCACGAGUUAACUGUGGAAUAUGCACCAGAUAGUUUGGGUAGUCUGUCUGGUAACAGGUUUGUUGAUCUACCACAUGUCCUUAUGUGGGCUUUCAAACUUGAGAGACACCGUUCGCAAUGUGGUGGUAGCAGCAUAGUCUUUGUUGAGGAGUUUAGAAAUGGUUUCAACAGUAUGUUUACUUUCCAAUGCAGUAUGUGUGAGAAACAAUUUAGAUACUGCAAUGAAAAAGAUGAAAAUCUUAACAAAGCGUUUGUUUGGGGGACAUUAACAGCUGGAAGCUAUUAUGCACAGGCUGCACACAUCACCAACUUGAUGGAUAUACCUACAAUAUCAGCUUCCAAAUUCCGAGAGACAGAAAAAUUAUUAGGUGAAGUUUGGAAAGAUGAACUAACUGAGGAGAUCCAAAAAAAUGGAGAAAGAGAAAAGGCUAUUGCUAUGCAAAAAAAUAAUGUAGAUGCAAAUGGUAUUCCAUACAUAACAGUGUAUGUGGAUGGAGGCUGGCCUAAACGAUCAUAUGGCCAUGAUUAUAGCUCUCCAUCAGGCAUGGCCUGCAUUAUUGGAAAAGAGACCAAGAAAUGCUUAUUCUUAGGCAUAAAAAACAAAUAUUGUUACCACUGUCACAUUUAUGAAAAAAAAAAGAACAAGUUUCGGAGCAUAUGUGUUUCAAGAACUACGAAGGACCAUCUACGGGAAUGGAGGCGGACAUCCUAGUAGAAGGGUUUGAGAGGAGUCAAGAGAUGCAUGGUGUAAAAUAUUUAAUAUUUAUAGGAGAUGGAGAUUCAUCUGUGUAUGCACAAUUAAGAGAAAAGGUUUCAUAUGGGACCCAAAUAAAAAAAAUUGAAUGUAAAAACCAUGUGAUUAAGAAUUACACUGGAGCAUUGUACAAGAUUAUAGGAAAUACAAAGUUACCAUUAUUUGGCCGGAAGAUUCUCAAGCCAAAAUUACAAAAACUUACAGCGGUUUCAAGAAAGAUAAUUAUGGAAGCUGAUCAUAAUUCAAUGAGAGAGGAUCUCAAAAAUGGCCCAUCUCAUGUAUUUGGCUGCCACCAAGAUUGUAAGGCAUAUUAUUGUCGAUUCUGCCAGAACAGUGAUGAAAAAGACACAAAUUCUUUAGACGACCUUAAAACUAAGGCACCUGCAGUUUGGGCCCACAUUUGUGCAGCAAACGAGGCAGUCAUGUCAAAAUGCCAUCGACUAUCAAACAACACAACAAAUGUUGUUGAAAAUUUCAUGAGUGUUGUCAGCAAAUUUGUCUGCGGGAAAAGAUUGAGUCUGUACAAGGGUGGCUCAUAUCAGCGAAGAGUAUAUAUUGCUGGUAAGAAUAUGUUAUGUAAUUAUUGCAUUUGUUCAAUUCAUUUUCUAUAUUAUUCACAGUAUAUAUAUUUAUUUAUAUACAUACAUACUUUAUCCACACACAAUAUUUUUUAUACUCACAUAAUAUUAUACGCCUUCAAGGCACUAUGGGAUAAAAGACUUAGAAAAUUUUUAAGGAUAUUUUUUAUAACAGGUCUCUCGCACUCUCGUGGUCAGAAAUGGCACACAAAUGCUUGGAAGAAACAUAUAAGAAGUAGCCCUGGACAAACUUUUAAAAAGUACAUUGCCCAGUCGGAAAAGUCCAAGGAAAGGCGCAAAAAAUACAUUCGCAGGCGACUUUUUGCGCCUAAACCCAAAACUGACCACAAUUAUGGUCCAAACGCCAAAGAUGUAGAUGAGUCAGUUUUAGGGAAAGAUCUAAAGGAAGCGUGUCUUCUAAAACUGAAAGACUUCGAAACGACAAUAGAUCAAAUAAAAUAUAUUGAAAGUGCAACAAUUGGACAACACGAUAAUGAUGUCUACACUACAUAUAGAUGCGACAGGCUUACCGCUAGUCAGUUCGGAAUGAUAUGCAAGCGAAAAUCUACAACACCAUGCCAUAACCAAGUGAAGAGUGUUUUAUAUAAAAACAAUAUCUUGACCAAUGACAUGGCCUACGGCCAAAACCAUGAAUCAGUGGCCAGAACCUUGUUCAUAGAAAAAAUGAACAAAGCCGUACGGCCUGCUGGGUUAUAUAUUGAUGAAGAAUUUGGUUUUCUUGGAGCUAGCCCAGAUGGAGUAAUAGAAGAAGAAAAUUCUAUUUUGGAAAUAAAAUGUUGUCCUUCAUUGGCUCGCAACAAUCAAGACAUUUUUUCUGCGGCCAAAGAUCGUAAAAACUUUCCCCUUUUGGUUGAUGACACUGGUGCAUUACAAAUAAAUAAAAAACACAACUAUUACUAUCAGAUCCAGGGUCAACUGCGGGUUUCAAAAAUGAUGAAAUGUUACUUCAUUGGCUAUGUUUCUCCAAGUUUUGACAUCACAGUGUUUGAAGUACAGCGUGACGAAAAUUUCAUUAAAAAUAUGAUGCCAAAAUUAGUAACAUUUUAUAAAAAUUGUAUUUUGCCAGAGGUAGUACUUCGAAGAGUAACAAAAAAAACAAAAAUGUAUUGAUAUUUCAAUUAUGUGGUAGCAAUUAUUUUAUUACUACUUUGUGAACAAGCGCGCUGUUUGCUUUGCAUUGUAUAAAGUAGUGACAAUCAGAAAGAGAUAAAUAUUAUAUCCUAAUCUGAAUAAACGAAAUCUGAAUCUUACUUCAAAUAUCAAUAAUUUUCGUUAGCCUGUUUGAUAUUGCCGUUUGUAAAUAAAUAACAUAAAAUAACAAUAUAACUUACUGCAAACUUAA